AUGAACUCGACAGAAUACCUCACGUCGUAUGGGUGGAAGCAGGGAGAGGCUCUAAAGAAGGGCGGCCUCAAGAAGCCCAUUCUGGUCAAGCACAAGCAGGACACCAAGGGUCUGGGUCAUGAUGCUGGAGCGCACGAUGCGUGGUGGGAGAAGAUGUUUGAUGGUACUCUUCAGAACCUCGAGGUUGGAGGCAAAGGCAAGGAUAUCGCCUUCAAAUACUCUGGGGAUCAUGUGGAGACUUCUGUUCAGGACGCCUCUCCGCUCUACCGCAUGUUUGUGAAGGGCCAGGGUCUCAAGGGCACUAUAGGUGUGGACGCUGAGGUCAAGUCUUCUACUGUCGUUCUUACAAAAGAUAAGAGCAAGAAGGACAAAAAGGACAAGAAAAAGGAAAAUGCAUCUGUGAAUGGAAAGGACAAGAAGGACAAGAAGGACAAGAAGGACAAGAAGGACAAGAAGGACAAGAAGGACAAGAAGAGCAAGUCUGACAAGAAGGAUGAAAAGGACAUGAAGGACGUGAAGGACAAGAAGGACAAGAAGGACAAGAAAGACAAGAAGGAAAAGAAGGAGAAGGAGAAGGAAAAGUCUGACAAGAAGGAAAAGAAGGAAAAGAAGGAAAAGAAGGAUAAAAAGGAUAAGUCCGACAAGAACAAGUCUGGCUCUACCUCUGAACCUGCAUCUAUCUCCAAGAAGAGAAAACGAGACGAGGGAGAACCCAAGAAGACCAAAAAGUCCAAGAAAUAA